CACACACACACAGACACACACACACACACACACACACACGGACAUGGAGAGCUGUGCGCCAGCGCUGCCGGACGCUCCUCUGCGCUUUUCCAGCGAGUCGGACUGAAACGCGGCGAACUGCUGCCAGCAGCUUUUGCGCAGCGACACUGGUUUAUCAACGCUUAUGAGGUGUAGACCAGUUGCUCCCCAACAAAGCGAGUGUGCUGACUCAUUCCCAGAAGACACAGCCUCCUGCAGACCAGUAAAUUACAUUGAGUCAUGGCUCUGUUGAGGAGAUUGAACCAGUUACUCCUAAUGCUGCUGAUCCUGAUGGUGUGUGUCAUCCUGUACAACAAGGUGCACAAAGCUAAAGCCUCUCCAGGCCGCACAGAUGUCAGGGCGAGCCAGAGGGAGAGCCACAAACCUGCGCCGGAGGGAACAGAGGCUUCAGAGGCUGUAAUACCUGUGGUGAUCUGCGCAGCACAGGAACGCAUGGGUGGCACAAUGGCGACCAUCAACAGCAUCCAUAGCAACACAGAUGCCAGCUUGUUCUUCUACAUUAUCACCCUGCGGGAUGCUGUACAGCAUGUGAGAGAAUACAUAGGAAAUUCCAAACUGAAGGGUAUCAACUACAAGAUCAUAGAGUUCAACCCCAUGAUUCUGAAAGGAAGAGUGAGACCAGAUUCCUCACGGCCCGAAUUGCUCCAUCCUCUCAACUUUGUGCGCUUUUACCUACCACUGCUCAUCAUCAAACACAGGAGAGUUGUGUAUUUGGAUGAUGACGUCAUUGUGCAAGGUGACAUCCAGGAGCUCUACAACAUGAAGUUGCAGCCAGGUCAUGCAGCUGCGUUUGCCAGCGACUGCGACCUUCCCUCCACCCAUGAGAUGGUGCGAAGUGUGGGCAUGCAGACAACAUACAUGGGCUUCCUGGACUACAGGAAGCGGGAGGUGAGGGAGCUGGGGAUCAACCCCAGCGACUGUUCCUUCAACCCAGGGGUCUUUGUGGCUGACAUUGAAGAGUGGAAACGCCAGAAAAUCACCUUGCAGCUCGAAAAAUUGAUGCAGCAGAAUUUUAGGGACAAUCUUUUCAGUAGUGCUAUGGCGGGGGGAGUGGCCACACCACCUAUGCUGAUUGCAUUCUACAGGAAGUACACACCUAUCAACCCACUGUGGCAUGUGAGACAUCUGGAAAAUUCCCAGAAACAAGCAGUAUGUCAGGAGAAUAAGAACAAGGCUGGAGCCCUGACACCCGCUACUCGGACACUUUCUUGCGGGAAGCACAACUGCUGCACUGGAACGGCCAUUUCAAGCCCUGGGAUUACCCUUGUGUUCACAAGGAGCUCUGGGAGAAGUGGUACAUCCCAGACCCCACAGGGAAGUUCUCACUGGUUCGGCCCAACACCUGAGAGGAAAUACUCACAUACCGACAGCGCCGUUUGGAGGAAAGAAUCUGAGAGACUGGAUAGUUACAAACGUGAACUUUCCUUUUAACUUUAGUGCUGUUGGGUGCAUGCAAAGUUUUCAGGUGAAUAUAAUCACCAAGACUUUCACAGCUUACCUCUCUUAAAACAAUCACUAAUCAGGAUAUCAAGACUUUUGCGCACCACUUCCGACAAAAAGCUCCACGCUACAAAACUACUUGAAAUGUUUACGAGUAUCGUGUUAGAAAGUACAUAGAAUCAGACUUGGACAUGGGUUUUGAAGAAAUGUUGUAUUAAACGCUACACAAAAAGAAUGAAAUGGUUGGCUUAAAGGUAUUUCCAAAGUCCUUUAUUAUUUAUGGUCAAGGUGGACAUUUUUCGGAACAUUGCAUCACUAUGCUCGUAUUGUAUUUAAAUGCUAAAGCUGC